CGUUCGCGCGUGGUUCCGCCCCCUCCGGCCUAGCCGCGGCUCUGCUUCGGGUUGAGCUUCCCGCCGGGUCCCCACUGGGCAGCAGCAAUGUUGCACGUUCCUUCUUGGCAGUGAGGGGGACGGAAGCAUCCCAGGCCUCUCCACCCUUGCCGACGGCUUCGCGCCCAGAGCCGCCAUGUCCUCGGGGUUCUCCUUUGGGUCCGGGACUCUCGGCUCCACCACUGUGGCCCCGGGAGGGACCGGCACGGGCAGCGGAUUCUCCUUCGGGGCCGGCGCGUCUAGCACACCUUCUGUGGGGCUCAACUUUGGAACUCCUGGAAGCUCUACAACCCCAGCGUCUACAUCUGCUUCUGCCAGUGGGUUUGGAACAGGACUGUUUGGAGCCAAGCCAGCCACGGGGUUCACUCUGGGAGGAGCAAGUACAGGAACACCAGCUACUACGUCCGCAUCGACAACAGGCUUCAGUUUAGGAUUCAGUAAGCCUGCAGCAUCAGCCACGCCAUUUGCCCUGCCUGUCACUUCUACCUCAGCUAGUGGCCUCACGCUCUCGUCUGCUCUGACAUCAACCCCAGCAGCAUCCACGGGAUUUUCUUUAAAUAACCUGGGAGCAACACCAGCCACAGCUACAACAGCGUCAACGGGGCUUUCCUUAGGGGGAGCCUUAGCUGGUUUGGGAGGUUCACUUUUCCAGAGUGCAAACACAGCAACAUCAGGUCUCGGACAAAAUGCCUUAAGCUUGUCUUUGGGAACUGCAGCACCUACUUCCACUGCAGGCAAUGAAGGUCUUGGUGGUAUAGAUUUUAGUACCUCAUCAGAUAAAAAGAGUGAUAAAACGGGAACAAGGCCAGAGGACAGUAAAGCUCUAAAAGACGAGAAUCUGCCUCCUGUCGUCUGUCAGGAUGUUGAAAAUCUCCAGAAAUUUGUCAAGGAACAAAAACAAGUCCAAGAAGAAAUUAGUCGAAUGUCUUCCAAAGCGAUGCUGAAAGUCCAGGAAGACAUCAAGGCUCUAAAGCAGCUUCUGUCCUUGGCUGCCAGUGGGUUGCAGAGGAAUACCCUCAACAUCGACAAGCUGAAGUUGGAAACGGCUCAGGAGUUAAAGAAUGCUGAAAUAGCUUUAAGAACCCAGAAAACACCACCUGGACUCCAACAUGAAAAUACAGCUCCUGCUGACUACUUCAGAGUCUUGGUUCAGCAGUUUGAGGCACAGCUUCAGCAGUACAGGCAGCAGAUUGAAGACCUAGAAAACCAUCUUGCCACUCAAGCAAACAGCUCACACAUAACCCCUCAAGAUUUAUCAAUGGCUAUGCAGAAAAUUUAUCAAACUUUUGUAGCUUUAGCUGCACAACUUCAGUCUAUUCAUGAAAAUGUCAAGGUGCUUAAAGAACAGUACCUCAGCUACAGAAAAAUGUUUCUGGGUGAUGCUGUCGAUGUGUUUGAAGCCAGGAGAGCUGAAGCCAAGAAGUGGCAGAAUGCACCCCGAGUUACUACUGGACCCACCCCUUUCAGCACCAUGCCAAAUGCAGCAGCCGUUGCCAUGGCUGCAACACUUACACAGCAGCAACAGCCUGCUACAGGGCCACAGCCAUCUCUGGGAGUUAGUUUUGGAACGCCAUUCGGCUCAGGUAUUGGCACUGGCUUGCAAUCAAGUGGCCUAGGUUCUUCAAGCCUUGGAGGAUUUGGAGCUAGCUCUGGUUUCGGAUGCGGCACCACAGGGGCCUCCACAUUUGGAUUUGGAACAACAGAUAAACCCUCAGGAAGUCUUAGUGCAGGCUUUGGCAGCUCAAGUGCGUCUGGGUUUAACUUCAGCAAUCCUGGCAUCACGGCAUCAGCUGGUCUGACAUUUGGGGUGUCCAAUCCUGCCUCUGCGGGGUUUGGAACAGGAGGACAGCUCCUUCAGUUGAAGAGACCUCCGGCUGGAAACAAAAGAGGAAAGAGAUAAACAUGCGGGGCACUGUGUGGGCAGUGCGCAGUCGGCGCCGCUUAGCCUAGGAGUCUAUUUUUCUAAUGAUGUAGUGAUUGAACUGCAUCUCGGGAGAUUUAUAAAGUUUUGAUAUUCCUCACUCUGGAAAUUGAACUUUGUUUACCUUACCAAACACCUUUUUUGUGAAUUCAAAAUCUAGUUGCAGUUUUGUUGCUAUUACUUUUGAUUCUACAUGUAAGAAAUGUUGUGAUUAAAUUACCAGUUAAUAGUAAUGGAAAAAAAUUCAUCAACCUAAACGUAUGAUUAUCGUAGUAUUAAUAGCAGUGUUUGGCUGCUAAGGCUCAUGCUGUGAAUACAUGCACAUUGGU